AUGGCACUGUCGUUAAAGACUGGCCACCCAGUCUUAAAAUUAUGUAAACAAAUAGAAAAAUGGUUCGGCCAAGCUGCUGACUAUAAUAUAUGCGUAACAUACGCUAUGAAGGAGGAUCUCUUAGAGAAUUGGAAUAUAAAGGCAACAGUUUUAUAUGAUAGACCUCCGCAAAUAUUCCAUCCAAUCACUGUGGAAGAGAGACAUAACUGGUUUGUUAAAAUUGGAGAUAAAUACCAUGAGUUUAGAGAUAAAUUUGCUGAGAACCAUACACUUAAAACUGCAUUUACUGAAGUUAUAGGAGACAGCAUAACAUUCAGAAAUGAUAGACCUGGUUUGCUAUUCAGUAGUACUAGUUGGACGCCUGAUGAAGAUUUCGGAGUGUUAAUUGAAGCUUUACAUGUUUAUGAGUCAACAUACAAUAUAACUAAGAAAUUGCCUAAACUAAUUUGUGUUAUAACCGGAAAAGGUCCUUUAAGAGACUAUUACAUUGAGCAAAUAAAUUCUUACAAUUGGGAACAUAUUUGCAUUAUCACUCCUUGGUUGGAGGCGGCGGAUUAUCCUACAAUGGUAGCAAGUGCGGACUUGGGAGUUUGCCUCCACACCAGCUCAUCAGGAUUAGAUUUGCCAAUGAAAGUGGUUGAUAUGUUUGGUGCCGGUCUACCUGUUUCUGCUUUUGAAUUUAAAUGUCUUAAUGAACUAGUACAGAACGGGGUAAAUGGCUAUACUUUCAAAAGUAGUGCUGAAUUAUCCAGGCAAAUUAUUGGCUGGUUUAAAAGUUUUCCAAAUAAUAAGGAGCAGAAUAAAAUUGCAGAAAGAAUGAAAAGUCAAUUGACAAAGUUCCAGGAAUCUAGAUGGGAUGAAAACUGGAAUCUUCGAGUAAAGAAACUUUUUGAAUAA